CACCUAGGUUCAACUUCAAAAACCUCAAUGAGUCAGGUAACUUACUAUUCUGGUCAGUGGCAUUAACCGCAUUUUAUGGAUUAGCGUGGCUUGAAGAACUCCUACCAAACCACAAACUUGAUGGAAGCAAG